AUGCAGAAUCAGACCCACAGUCCCAACCUGGCUCGAUAUGUGAUACAGAGCUCCGACGUCAUUUCUGACUUGCGAAUCAACGUCUUUGAGGAGGGUCACGACAAUGUCAUGUGGUACAAGGAAAGGUUCCUAGGGGACGAUGAGAUCAUUGAGCAUGUCGUGCACAAUCAAACAUCGACAAUAUGCUGGACAAUCCACAAGCCAAAGCGCGGGUGGUAUAUCCGCAUUCGUGCACCAUCAUUUCCCCCAGGCGUCUCCAUAUCCCUUCUUCCUAUUCCCCGCACGUCCCCUAAUUAUAUAGACGCCGCACUGUCCUUAUCAUGUCUUACCAACACCCCCUCUACUGUGAUACACUCACCUAGUACCUCGAAGAUGUCCAUAGAUAGCACAUCGACAGUGCACUCUUAUCCUCCAACACCGCCCCCGGCCUCCAUCAUGAUCACCCCGCCUACACCACAAAGCAUCAGCGCGCGCAACACAAUUCUUGUUGGCACCGCAUUCUACACCACACAUCCCGGGGCCGCAACCAGACGAGCAGACAUCAUUCCUAUACGUGCGCUGUCAAUGUUCAAAAACAACAGGCCUUCGCACUCUGCCUCAUUUACGAUCACGCCACUCAACCGGCCUAGUCCCCAACCGCCUGGUUCAGGACAUCGGAUAUCCCAAAUUAUUCCGAUGACCCCGACGCCAUUGUUGACCUUCCACGAUCGCACACCGUUACUCACCUUGGCGUCUGUGACGGGUCUUCUCGAGAUAAACAGAGCAGAGGAGCGUAUAUUGGGAAUUGAUACGAGCUUUUGGAUCGCUGUUGCCUUAGCGUAUUGGGAUUUUUUGGAAGAUAGAGAGAGCUAUCUGGCUGCAGUCAGUGAUUAA